GAAGAACCGCAUCCGCCGGUGAACAACUACGGUUACUCUAUCACGUGUUCUACGACGUUAUUCUUUAAAAGUUUCAUUACGAAGAUUUAUUCUCAAAUCGAGGGCAAGUGAACGAUUUAUCCCUGACCGAAGAUGCAGAGACAAAUCGCAAUCUCCUGUUUGAUCCUGAUAGCCAUCACCGUUAUGGUGGUGUCAAGUCCUCUGGCGGAUGCUGCUCCGUUUUCACAACAAAAUUAUUGGAAUCAAUUAGAAGAAGAAGAUCCUGAAGCUCUCCUUGAUAUGCUCGCCCGUCUUCGUCAUUCGAUCAUGCGAAAUCAAGAACUCGAAAACAAUAAACGCGGACUGGACUUAGGUUUGAGCCGUGGAUUUAGUGGUUCUCAAGCAGCGAAACAUUUGAUGGGUCUCGCAGCCGCGAAUUACGCCGGUGGUCCAGGACGAAGGCGCCGUUCGGAAUAAAUAUAGAUAAGUCGAAUAUAAGAGGAUGUAAAGUGAACUUCUAACGCAAAUAAUAAUAAUAAUAACAAUAAUAAUAUUAACAAUAAUAAUAAUAAUUAUAAUAAUAAUGACGACAUUGUUCAACGUACUUGUUCACGUAAUGUGUCAGACGAUUGUGUCAGACCUCUUUAGAAUUUUACAUAUUUCGCACUUUGACGCACGUUUCCGCGAUAUUUCUUCUUUCUGUAGAUAUUUGAUUUCUAAUCUGUAAUAUUUAUUUUAAUUCUUAUUUAAUACAUAAUACGUGACACGUAGCGCGCGAAUAGAAUUUGUUUUUUCUUUUCUUUUUCUUUUUUUUCCUUAAUAGUAUAGUUGACACUUUUCCGUUAUCUUAAUUCUUGCUCGCUAUAAUACAAUUUACCAAAAAGCACGAACGAUGAUUUAUCUCUAGUCAUGUAGAUAUAUAUAUAAAUGUGUAGAUAUAUAUAUAUAUAUACAUAUAUAUAUAUAUAUAUAUAUAU